GGUGAAUAUCCUGUCGUUUACAUUUUUCGCCGUUUGAAGACAAUGGUCGAUGGAUGAGUGGAAGGCCAUGGCCCGACAUUAGUCUGCUUUCCGUUUUGACGCUCAAAGAGGACUAUUGAAGCGCUGUGGCUAACGGCUGCUGCCACCGUGCUCAGCAUGUGACCGAGCAGGCAGGGGAGGGGCGCUGUGUCUCGUGUAUGGUACCGUGGAACACCGAGUUCUUGUCAGCGUAGCAGGCGGCUCAGUCAACGGCUACGGCAACGGCCACACCAAGGAAGAAAAGUCGCCGAGACGACACUACACACGUCCACCCGCCCGUCCAGCAGCAACUUAUCCUCUACUUUUUUGGACUGCGUCGUUGGAACUGCCACAAGGAAAAAUUUCAGUGGGAGUUUGAAGAGCCAAGGACGCUGUUUGUGCAACAGGAGAGAAGAUGAGCACCAAGAGAAAGGCAGAGAGUCACUCAAGGGUAGUAAACAGACCUCGCAUCAUGAAGUCAGGAGACUCCCGGACUGAUUCAGAGAGAGACUCUGGCUUCUCAGAUGCAAGCUCAGAACACACAAGCACCAUGGACACCACAGACUCGGAGGAUUCUCCCCGCCCUGCUGCAGUACCACAGGGACCACAAAAGUCUGGCUCAGGGCCCCAGCCCUCUCAGUUAACUGUAGUGGGAGGCUCCUACUCCAACCUCUCACCUAUGAUCAUCAUGAACAACGUCGUCCUUAAGCAGCCUGGAGAUAAUCCUCCCGCCCUGAAGCCCUGGAGUUUCAGUCCCACAGUGGAGGUGGUUCAGCCUGUGGUCCAGCAGCCUCAGGUGGUUUUUCUCCAGCCUGUGGUCUCUCGCCAGGCUUCCCCUGCCUCCAAAGAGGCCUCCUCGAGACACAGACGCCCUAAGAAGUAUCUUCCAAUCCUGAAAUCCUACCCCAAGAUUGCUCCUCAUCCUGGAGACAGCUCCAGUUCUUCAGGUAGAGGGACUGCUUCCUCAUCAUCCUCUGUCUCGUCUUGUUCUUCUGACUCAAAAAGAAGCAGUGGUUUGACCUCCACCCACCGGGAACACUGUCAGAGAGAGAAGCAGCAGAAAAGUCUGAGUGUUGCCUCAACUAAUUCAAGCUCGACCACUCCCAGUCUUCCUCUGAGCCCCAGCCCCAUGUCUCCUCUGCUGCAGAGCCGACUUUCUCUCCACACAGCAGAAACUAGCACCAGCAGUGGUAGCAGCAGUCCUGUGAGGGAGAGGCCUUCAUCGGUUGUCAGCCAGUGUGACUUUAACACCUCCCUGUCUUUGACUCAAACCACAGGCUCCAAAAACCUUACGCAGCCUGUUUCCUGGGGGAGCAACCAAGACAGCGGCUCAUCAGGAGACAGUGACGCUGACACAAAGAGGAAGCGCUUCUGCAACACCUACAACAUUCUGAGCAAAUCAGGCCUGCUCGACAUUGCACUCCGCACUAAGGAGCUCCACCGACAGAACAGGCGCACCCAGAGCGACCUUGACCAGCUGAAGGAGCACACAGACCUCUUUCUGCAGGCAGUGUUGAGUGGGGACACCAGCAUCUGUUUAAAACUGCAGACUCGGCUUCAGGAGGAGGACCGAGAGAAAGAGAGGGAGAGAGCUGCUCAGACCAGCUUAAAGGCAGAUUAGACCGAGACUAGUGCUAGACAGUAAUCCUUUAGACUGAGAUGUGGAAAAGGAAGACCAGGGUUGGGGGUUGGAGUGUGCAGAGACAGAUGGACCGAAAGUAAUGUGCUCCACAAUACACUCACACCCCACACUCAACACACACACAGAUAGUGAGCUCUCUGGCCUACAUUUUGGCUGCCAGCCGCCCAAGGGCCCUGAUACAUCAAGCCGAUCUCAAAGAUUUGAUGCAGAUAACAACUUUUUGCUGCCUCAUGUCUCUUGUUAAAAAGUGCACUUGAAAAGUAUAGCUUAUGGCCAGUUGACUGCCAACAUACACAUAUGUUUUGCACCUUUGUAAAGGGAAAUAUUUCAGUCAGCAAUCUGUGUUUGUAAUCUAGGAAACAUUGAGGGAGAGGAGUAAAACAAACUGCGCUACCGUUUCUAUUGCCCUUUGAAUUUUGUGGAAUAUGUCUGUGAGUAUGUUUGAGAUUCUGAACUGAGAAUAUUAGUGCAUCCUUUUUAAAGAUUCAGAGGACAUGGUGCAUGCUUUGCUGAACUCUGAGGCUUUUACUACAUGGUGGUAAAAGAAAAUAUGGAUUAGGAAAAAACUAAAGAAAACCUAAAAGGUGUUCUAGGUCAGUUAAGAAGAGCUGCAUCUAAGAACUUGUUCAGAUUGCCAUUUGAAAUUUUUUAGCUUCUUUGAAUUAUAGAAUGCCUGGGCGGCACAAAAACACACAUAGAAAGUUAAUUUUGCAGACCAGAUUUAAGCCUCAUUUGGAGGUGAUUCAAAAUGCAUUGCAUUUUGGAUGCUCUGAAAACCAGUUUGAGCAGCUUAUGGGUUUUUUUACCCUGUGCUACACAGAAACAUCAUAUCUUGACUCUUGAAAGUCUUUUAAUGUCAGAGUAAAAUCUGUGCUGGUACAAGAAAAGCAAGACUGUCGGAAUUUAAACAGGCUAUGGUCAGAGAGAAGGUUGGAAGGCAAGAUGGGGACCACCAUUUCUUGUUUCUCUGCUUUGGAAAGCAGGAUUACCAGUGUAUGUAGUUUUUUUAAGGCUACAGAGUUGCUGCAAAAGGUGCCUGAUAUCUUGAUGUAAAAAUACAAUCUGAUCACUUUAAAAAAUCAUUGUGCAGUCUCUCUUACUUCUAAAACGUAGGCACUGUAGGAACCUGCGCUGUGGGCAGGAAAUGAUGCUCAAAAUGAAAGUCCCACAUUCAGCUGUCUGCUUGGUGUGUCAGAGGCCUAAGCUCAAAUAAGGCCAGAAACACAACUCACUGUUCUGCCAUACUGAUGACAUCUCUUCCACUGAUAUUUCUACUCUGCUGCACAGAAAUAUUCUGCUCAUCUGCAAUCAAGACCUAAAGCCCUAAGAGAUUUGGAUCUGAGGCACGAAAGGAUGAAUAUGAAACUUUUUGUUUUACUGAAUGCACAACAAAGGCUUGGAAUCGCAGAGCUUGAUUAAAACCCCUGAGGCUGGAUAUUUAACUUUAAAAGUGCACGACAAGAAGUUUUCGUUUAAGACUGAGGCAUCAGUAGACUGCUCUUUCUGACUCGAGAAUGUCACAAUACAUGAAUUGAUUAUGUUGACAAAUCUUUUGAUUUUCUGUAUUCAUGUGUAAAGCUGUGAUACUGUUGUGUUGCAGUUGACAUUCAAACUGUGUACAUAAUCAGAGUUAUUAAUAUGCAGCAGUUGUGCUUAUGUAAAACUGAUGAUUGUGACAGGCUUGUGGAACGACUCAUGUCACUGAAUGGGUCCAGAGCCUCUCACCCGUCAGCAUCUUUAAAGAGACAAACAUGCGCCUUAAGUGUCUUUUCAGUUGCAGAUGCAUUUUCAGAGCUGAUGUGGAAGAUUUGGCACAUCCAUUUCUAUUUAAUGGUUUUCAGUUUAACAUUCCCAUCAUGUUGCCGGAAGUUGUGUUAUAGCAUGAACUGACAGGAUGAAAGCUGUUUUCAGCCGUUUAGAUGCUUCCCUGAUAUGAUCCCAAUGAAAAUGGGUGCCUCCUUUAGUUCAGCAAUAACUGUCAGUAACCUGUAUGUGUUCUUUCACCUCUUUUUUUUAUAUACUGUACACAUGGAUGUAAUUUAUUCUGUCAGUUUUGUCCAGCUUCGGCACAGAUUUUCUGUUCUAAAUUCCUCUCUGUUCCUGUUAACCUUUCUGCAACAAUCAUCAAGCCAGGUUUCUAAAUGAAGACCAGUUGUUGUGUAUCAGCUUUGGGCCUCAUGAGUCCAGAGGUACAGAGAAAGUCUAACAGCUGCAUUGUCUAAAUUAGGAUCAGUUGUUUGAGUUUUGUUUUAUUUGAAUAAAUUAUGGCCUUAAUAUCCAAACCAGAUGUACGCUGCAGAGCUUUGCAUUUGCACUAAAAUAACCCGAGAGCGGCUCUGAUUAAACCUCUGCGCAGAAUUUAUCGGCAGCUAUGGUAGCUUAUUUGACGCUGACUGCAAAUUUUUCUAAGCUACAGUACUUGAAGUGCAUUGAGAGGCAACAUAAAAACUACCAGUAUAUAAAUACUUUUGCUAUUGUACAGCCAUGCAUUACUUCACAGUGUCAGUUUUUUUAAACAACGGUUUCUUCAUUAUGCAAAAUGUUUUUCAUGUUCUGUCUUUGACCAUGUUUUAAUAUUUGAUGUGAUGACUUUGUACUUUAUUGUGCUAUUGCUGAUUUAAAAGGGAUCACAUUUAAGCUACUUUUGCAUUAACCAACGCUGAGGUUUGGGUUCCUUGAUGAAUGAAUUGUGGUUUGAGAAAUACCUUCACCCCUUUAGCUCUGUAGUUAUAUCACUCUUUGAAGCAUUCUGUUGAACUCUUUGGCUCUUAUUUUUUCUCACGUUUGGUUUGGGACUUUUAUGCCUUUAUUGUUGUUGAAUGGUGGACAGAGCUAGAAACUGGGGAAUGGCAUACAGGAAAGAAGCCACGUGCUGGAUUUUGAGCCUGGACCAUCCAUGUCAAAGACAACGACCUCCCUACAUGGGGCACACGGAAAGAACCUAGUCCCCCUCAUGAUUCUUAUUUUUAAAGCAGCUGUGUCUGAGUCAGUGGAUGUUUUUACUCUAAAGCUGUGGUUUUCAAACUUUUUGUCCAAGGCACACCUAUGAUCAAGGCAAACCAUGUUCAUAUCCAUGCGAAAUAGCUUCUUAACACUUGUUUCAGUAUUUGCAGUUGUUGUGUAGUCGUUCUAAGUGGGUAUUGUUGUGCAAAUUCCCAUGGCACACUAAGACUUGACCUGCCAAACCAUUUGGGUACCAGUGCUCUAUAAAGGGUGCACAGGUGCGUAUCAUUGGUCAGUCUUUCUGCACAGAUACUUUGUAGUAAUCUCUUAAAAAUGGUCUUUUUAAUGAAGAGAAGACUAGAAGUAAAUUUUCCUGACUUGAUUCAAUUUUUUGUUAGCCAUUUGUUCUAUCUUAAAUCAGUUUUGACUUUACAAGACAGUGACUAACUAGUUCAGCCAAACUGUCUUUGUUUGUGCAGUCACAGGUUUCUGCUCUAAAACAACCACAUAAAGGUCAUGUCACAGUGGCAUUUUUGAUUCACCUUUCAGCAAUCCCAAGGUGAAAAAGAAGCUUUGCAGUACUUCUGAAGCACUAAAUUCAUGUAUGAAGGAACCUGUAUGGAUUUCUGGUUCAUUUUGUGUUCUUCUGUGUCGCAUGUUUUCUAAAUGCUCCAGACAUAAGUGAAAUAUUUUAGUCAAUCUUUUGACCUUAGCUGUAAAUUUUUUUUCACUUCACACUUUGAGGUUUUUGGGAACAACGGUUAGCUAAAUAGUCUUACUGUCAUAGAAAAGUAAGUAGAAAAUUGACCACGUAUCCUUUCUAAAAGCCUUAUUAAGACACUCGAGCCAGGUGCUGAAACUAAUUUUCUCUGGCUUCUUAAGCUCAUUUUACAGCUGCCACAUGUUCAUCAGUACAGAAACUGACAGUGCAAGGUUUCCUUCCCACAACAACACAUCUCUCACAUUUACCAAAACUUACAGAAACAUUGCAGAAUAAUGUCUAGAAGAAUGGUUCCUCUUUGAUUGGAUGUAUGAGGGCUACAUGAAAUAUAACAAAGGUGAGAGAUGACAUCGUCAAUAAAAGCACAACAAAACAGGCCAUGUCUGUUUUUUAAAGAGCUACAUUUGUUGGAUGCCAUCUGUUUGAGGUUUGCACACCUAUCAAAGUUUGGUUACCAUCAGCUGUAAUCUAAAGUUUAGUUUGUUUACAUAGAUCCACACUGCUGUGUUACUGUUUUAAAUCUCCCUAUGUGAUGGACUAGCUGUAUCAAAUCAUAAGCCUAAAUCUGUAUCUGCUACUUGCAGCAUCAUGGACUGCCCUUGCUGUCAUUAUUACAAACCUGUGUUAUCUUUGGAAAAGAUAUACAAUAAAAAAGAAAAUACUGAUAUGCUUGUUCAGUAGGAUGUGAUUUUAUAACACUGGAUUCUGAGUUUUUCAUGUAAACAUUGGCAGCUUUGUCCCUCGGUGCAUUUUUGUUUGCCUUCUUUCACUGAAAAGAUGCUGAAAUGUUUGUGUAAGAAUACAUUGUUUUUGAUUUAUCAACAUGAUUCAGUCUUGCACCAGCAACGUGAUCAGUAGCCCAAAUAGUUCCUGUAGUCCUUUCAGGCAAAGUGAAUGUACCGUGGCUUGCUGGCAUUUUUAUUCUGAACAUGUAAAUAUACAGGUGUUUAAAUCCUCAUAAGAGAACCACUGUGGAGGAUUUACCUAAACAGAAAUUUCAUUGAACUUGUUAUAAAUACAGAUUCUUCAGCUAUACCAAUCCAAGAACAAUAAACUAUGAUUUAAAGGGUUGAUGUUGUGCGCUUUAAAACUUCUUUUUGUAUCAGUGGAGUUAGAAACUCAUUGCUUGUGUAAUAAAUGGCAUUACAAAG